AGGCCACAUGAAGUUGAGUAUGGACCAUUGCCCUACAAGUGAGAAAGAAAAGAAAGAGAUGAACAAUGUGCCUUAUGCUUCAGCCGUGGGUAGUUUGAUGUAUGCCAUGGUAUGUACGAGGCCAGAUAUUGCACAUUCAGUUGGGGUUGUUAGCCGCUACAUGUCGAAUCCGGGUAAAGAGCACUAGGCAGCCGUGAAAUGGAUUCUCAGAUAUCUUAGAGGUACCUCCAAAGUUUGUUUAUGUUUUGGUAUUGGACAACCUAUGUUAGAUGGGUACACAGAUGCAGAUAUGUCUGGAGAUGUUGAUACUGCAAAGUCUACCUCGGGAUACUUGAUGACAUUUGCUGGAGCUGCAGUUUCAUGGCAAUCAAGAUUGCAGAAGUGUGUUGCUUUGUCCACUACUGAGGCAGAAUAUAUAGCAGCUGUUGAGGCAGGCAAGGAGUUGUUAUGGUUGAGGAAUUUUCUUGAGGAGCUUGGUUUGGAACAAGAAAAUUAUCUUCUUCAUUGUGAUUCUCAAAGUGCCAUCCACCUUGCCAAGAAUGCCGCGUUUCAUUCUCGAACCAAACACAUUAAGAGAAGGUAUCAUUGGAUUCGAGAAGCCGUGGAGGAUAAGUCUUUUGAACUUGUGAAGAUUCACACAAGUGAGAAUUGCUCGGAUAUGUUGACCAAGACUAUGCCGAAGGAGAAACUCGUGUUUUGUCGAGAGAAGGCUGCAGCAAUUUUUCACCUCCGGAUCGAAGGUCAAAAGAAGUCGGAUCGUGCUCAAAUUUUAGUAUGUUGUUCCUCACAUACUCCUCUUCAAAUCCAACGGUCAGAUUCUCAUUUUGAUGCCCGGAAGGUUGUUUUCUAGCUGCGUUUUCAGACCUGCGUUUUUGGGAGGUUUUACUCCAUUUUAUGGUGAAUUGUUGAUUCUUGUUGUUCCAAGGUUGCUCCUUGAUGAUUGUGUAUGCCUCUAGUGUUUACUAGAGAGGAGAACUUGUUGUACCCACUUGAUUCUUGGUGAUUAGUGGAAGUUUGGGAGCCGUUGUUGAGCGGCCGUGGUUUUCUCCCCGAUUUGGGGUUUCCACGUAAAUCGUGUG